AUGACUCAGCAUCUACCGCCCUCCAAAGACUCUCCUAUCAUCAUCGUUGGCGCAGGCGUCUUUGGUCUCAGCACAUCCAUCCAUCUUGCCCAGAGAGGCUAUACAAACAUUACAGUCUUUGACAGCAAGCCCUAUGAUGAGACUCUGUACUCUUAUUUUGACAGCUGUGACUCUGCAUCCUCUGACAUAAACAAGAUUAUUCGCUCAGCGUAUGGCUCUCAAACCGAAUACCAGGAUCUCAGCACCGAAGCGCUCUCUGCUUGGGCCGCCUGGAACGCAGAACUCAAGGCUGCCAAUGACAACAAUCAUGACAGAGAUGGCAUCAAGGGAAUAACUCCCAACAGCUCUCUCUUUAUUCCAAACGGCUACCUCAAUUGUAGCGAUUCCACCACCCUCCCAGAUUUUGAAAUUGCCACUAUUGAAAACAUGGAGAAGGCUGGCAAACACGGCACGCAGCUCAUUAACAACAAACAAGCCGAUAUCCAGCUCGCCUCACAAAGGGGCGUCGAAUAUGCUCUUCAGCCAUUCAACAAAGAAGUCCUCGGCGUUCUUGACACUACAGGCGGCCAUGUCCUUGCCGACAAAGCCUGUAUCUUUGCUCUUCACAAGGCAAAGAAACUCGGGGUGCGCUUCAUUCUAGACCCCGUACUGGGCAAAUUCACCUCCUUCGGAUACGACUCAUCAUCGAACUCCACCACCAAGACCAUCACCAGCAUCACCACUGCAGACAAGAAACAUCACGCAGCAUCUCUCGUCGUCAUCUACUCCCUUUGCGAAACGACCGCUGGUUCUGUCUUUAUGCUUCAUAUCCCGGAAUCAUCACCCCUUCGCCAGCGAUUCCAUCAUUCGCAAUUCCCUUCAUGGUCGUUUAACAUGCGUGAACAUGGUGCCGACGGAGGCCUUUACGGCUUCCCAGUCGAUGAAAAUGGCAUCUUUAAGAUUGGAUACAGGGGCACUAAGUAUACAAAUCCUCAGCAGCAAUCCGAUGGACAAGAACGCAGCGUCCCCGAACAAGCUCACAAAGUGGUCGCUAAAUUCUUGGAUGAAUAUCUCCCCGAGUUGGACAACUCCGGAAUCCACAUCUCAGAGAGCCGCCUCUGUUGGUACACUGAUUCCUUUGACAAUCACUACGUUAUCGACUAUGUCCCUGGGUAA